UCCUAUUAUGUAUCUGUAAUUCUUUACUGUUGAGGAGUGCUUCUUAAAAUGCUAACCACUUCUUAUGAACUUAAGCUGUGCCAUUGGUAGGGAUAAUAUGGCCUGCCUGCUUGCUUCACACAGUCCAACAUGACAGAGGCACAUUUGCUGCCUCUGAGAACCAUGUACAUUGCCCCAUUUCAGGCAUACACGGGGUCUAAGUUGCCAUUAGCAAUCUGCUCACAGACCCCAUAGCUGGUUCUCCAGAAAAAGUCAGAAUUCAUGCUGGCAGCACAGCCCAGAAAGCCGGCAUUUCAAAAUGGUGCAGCUUUUUUUCUGCUACCUCUAAAUCAGGAAAACCUCUCUCAAAAAUGCUGCAGCAUGUCACCAGGAAGCAAAGCCCAUUUGGGGAAAUAAAUGUGGCUAAACUUCAUUUUUUUUAGUGUCUAGAAUUCCUUUCCUAGCUCUCUAAGAUUUUAAGUGGAUUUUAGUUGGUCGCGUGGUCAUGUUUCUUAUAGGAAACCACUUGUUAUUUCCCAGCUGCUUAGCCCAAAAACAAUCACACAGAAUCUGUAUUAAUUAAAUCACUGCUUAGCUCAUUAGCUCUAGCUUCUUAUUGGCUAACACUUACAUAUUAAUUUAAUCAAUUUCUAUUAAUCUGUGUAUUGCCAUGUGGCUGUGGCUUAUGAGGUAAAGUUCUCAGCAUCUGUCUCGAGCGGGGCUACGUGACUUCUCUCUGACUCUGCCUUCUUCCUCCCAGCAUUCAGUUUAGUUUUCCAAACCUACCUAAGAGUUGUCCUAUAUCUCUGUUGUAGGCCCAAAGCAGUUUCUUUAUUAACCAGUGAUAAUCACAGCAUACAGAAGGGAAUCCCACAAUAUGAGUUUCUAUAGCCUUAACCCAUUUCCUCUUCUUUGUGCCUACAGUGUUGUGGUUGAAACUAAUCAGUCAGCUUUUUUUCAUUUGCUGUCAUAACUUCCCCACCAUCAUAAACUCUAUCACUAAAUCACAUAAGAUUUAGUAGAAUUCACUGCUAUUUGGUGCUAAGGUGGUUUGGUAGCCUACUGUUUAUAUUUUUGUUUGUUUAUUUUUGAAGACAAGGUUUAUAUCUGUAGCCCUAGCUGUCCUGAAAGUAGUUCUAUAUACCAGGCUGACUUAAAACUCAGAGAACCUCUGACUCUGACUCCCAAGUGCUGGGAUUAAAGGUGGGCCAGAAUUCCUGGCUUUUUUGUUUUUAUAUUAUAUGAUGGUUUUAUUCCUAUCAAGCAUAUGCUGUUGUAUUGAGAUUCACCCAUAAAUGAAUUUUUAAAUUUGACAGAAGGUAUCAAUCAUUAUGUUUCCCAGGAUGGCAUAUAUUCAUGACAUUAAUCCUGCCUGUGCCUUCUGAGUCAUUGGAUUGCAGGUGCAUAAUCUUCUUCCUGCCUGCUUGGUUUGUUUUGAAUUUUUAUUUUAAAAAGCAUAUUUUACUUGUAUGCAUGGAUAUGCACCAUGUGAGUACCUGGUCUUUACAUUGAUCAAAAGAUGGUACUAGAAACAUUGAACUUGGAAUAAUGCAUAGUUAUGAUCCUCCAUGGAAGUCAUUGAGCCCACCUGUAUGCAAGACCAAGAGAACUCUUUACUGUUGAACCAUGUUUCCUGUUCUGUGUUAUUUGUAAACAGCAUGUUAAUUGUUAUUGUUUUCAUUUGUCCAUUUGUAACUUUAAACACACAGUACCUUUUAGUAAAAUCUUAUUUAUGUUGCAGUUAAAAUUGGGGCACUUCAGGUUUCUGGUAGAUGAAUAAAGAGUUGAAGUGAAUGCAUAACUGUUUGUGGAAAAUUUCAGCAAAAACCUAUGAGUUAUUUCUAACUUUCAUUUUUGAUUGAUUUUUUUUCAUAUGAAACAAGUAAUUAACAUGUGUUUCUGGUUGCCGUAGAAGUGAUUUAUGGACUAGGCUGAUAUUCAACUCAGAAGCAGAUAGAUAGACAUGCCUCUGCCUUCUGAGUACAAGAAUUAGAGGAAUGAUUCAAUGCAUCCAGCUUUUUCAUCUUAUUUUUCUUUUUUGUAGUCAGAAAUUAAUCAUUCAUACAAUUUCUCUUAUCUGUACUCUGUGCUGUUGAUCUGUUUACAUAUCUUUCAUUGUUGGUUAGUAAGCAUUUCUCUUGCAAGGUGAUGUCCCAUUCAAAUAGUUCAGAAAUGACUGAAGUGAACCUCUUUCAGUUUGCUUCUAAAGUGACUUGGUGAUUAAAUUAUGAUGUCUAUGUCAUGGAAUAAGUAUGGGGAGCACCAGAAAUAUAUGACUAUACUGUCAAAAAAGUAUAUAUUUAUAGUAUUGUCAAAAUCAUACUUUCUGUUGUACGUAUGUAUGGGAUAUUUUAGAAUGCAGUGACCUAUGAUGACGUGCAUGUUGACUUCACUUGGGAAGAAUGGACUUUGCUGAAUCCUCCCCAGAAGAGUCUCUACAAAGAUGUGAUGGUGGAGACCUACAGAAACCUCACUACUAUAGGAUACAUUUGGGAAGACCAUAAUAUUGAAGAACAUUGUCAAAGUUCUAGAAGACAUGAAAGGUAUGAAAAUAGUCAAACUAGAGAGAAAACUUCUGUAUAUACUCAAUGUGUUAAAGCCUUUGCAUGUCAUCUUCACAGGCAUGAAAAAACACAUACUAGAUUGCAACCCUAUGAAGAAAAUGAGUGUGGUAAAGCCUUUUCAUAUCACAGUCAUCUUCAACUGCAUAAAAGAUCAUACACUGGAGAGAAACCCUAUGAAUGUAAUCAAUGUUGUAAAACCUUUGCAGGUCACCGUACUCUUCAAAUACAUAAAAGAACACAUACCGGAGAGAAGCCACAUAAAUGCAAUCAGUGUGGUAAAGCCUUUGCACUUCCCAGUACUUUUCAAAUGCAUAAAAGAACACACACUGGAGAUAAGCCCUAUGAAUGUAAUCAGUGUGGUAAAGCCUAUGCAUUUCCCAGUAUUCUUCAAAAACAUAAAAGGAUACAUACUGGAGAGAAGCCCUAUAAAUGUAAUCAGUGUGCUAAAGCCUUUGUGUGUCAGAGUAAUCUCCAAAUGCAUGAAAGAACCCAUACUGGAGAGAAACCCUAUGAAUGCAAUCAGUGUGGUAAAGCCUUCGCACGGCACAUUUAUCUACAAAAUCAUGAACGAACCCAUACUGGAGAGAAACCCUAUGAAUGUAAUCAGUGUGGUAAAGCCUUCGCACGGCAAGGCCAUCUUCAAACUCAUGAAAGGACCCAUACUGGGGAGAAACCCUAUGAAUGUAAUCAGUGUGGUAAAGCCUUUUCAUGUCCCAGUACUCUCCAAAAGCAUAAAAGAACCCAUACUGGAGAGAAACCCUAUGAAUGUAAUCAGUGUGGUAAAGCCUUUGCACAGCACAUUCAUCUACAAAGUCAUGAAAGAACCCAUACUGGAGAGAAACCCUAUGAAUGUAAUCAGUGUGGUAAAGCCUUUGUGUGUAACAGUUAUCUCCGAAUGCAUGAAAGAACGCAUACUGGAGAGAAACCUUAUGAAUGUAAUCAGUGUGGCAAAACCUUUGUAUGUCACAGUAGUCUCCAAACACAUGAAAAAACCCAUACUGGAGAGAAACCUUAUAAAUGUAAUCAGUGUGGUAAAGCCUUCGCACGGCAAAGCCAUCUUCAAACUCAUGAAAGAACACAUACUGGAGAGAAACCCUAUGAAUGUAAUCAGUGUGGUAAAGCCUUUGCAUAUCCAAGUAGUCUCCAAAAACAUAAAAGAACCCAUACUGGGGAGAAACCCUAUGAAUGUAAUCAGUGUGGUAAUGCCUUUGCACAGUACUGUCAUUUACAAAGUCAUGAAAGAAGCCAUGCUGGAGUUAAUACCCUAUGAAUGUAAUAGAUGUGGUAAAGCCUUUGUAUGCCACAGUAGUCUCCAAACACAUGAAAGAACACAUACCGCAGAGAAACCCUAUGAAUAUAAUCAAUGUGGUAAACCUUUGCAUGUAUAGGGAUCUCUAAA